UCCAGAUUAUUCGUUCGUGCCUCAUUUCUCUUCAAACAUCCCGCUGGUUUUUACAUGUCUCUCCCUCCCUCUCACUCUCCUCCUGGCCUGUGCCUUCUCACCUGAACCAAAACAAAGCCAAUCUGAACGGGAGAGUAGAAUAUCUUGGGCGAUGGGAAGGGGUUUAUGGAGGGCUAAUAAAGCCUCGACAUUUUAAAUUUUCUCUCUUAAUAUAUGUUGAAGCAAGCAUAGGUUGUUGAUGUAGCUGUUUUGUUUUUUAAAUUCCUCUGAAGCAAGUUGAGUCAGCUUCUGGUUUUGGAUUGGUGAUGGAUUGUAAUAAAGAAGAGGCCAUCAGGGCCAAGGGGAUUGCUGAGAAGAAAAUGGAAAGCAAGGAUUUUGAAGGGGCUCGUAGGGUUGCUCUCAAGGCCCAACAACUAUAUUCUGAUCUGGAGAAUAUUUCUCAGAUGGUUACUGUUUGUGAUGUGCAUUGUGCUGCUGACAAGAAAUUGUUUGGGAAUGAGACAGACUGGUAUGCCAUCCUGCAGAUUGAGCAGACAGCAAAUGAUGCAAUGAUUAAGAAGCAGUACAGGAAGUUUGCUCUCCAACUUCAUCCUGAUAAAAACAAAUUUUCCGGUGCAGAAGCUGCUUUUAAGCUGAUUGGGGAAGCUCAAAGAGUGCUUCUAGACCGUGACAAACGUUCCUUGUAUGACAUGAGACGCAGAGCUUCUGGGAGUAAACCGGCUGCACCACAUCGGCCCCCUCAAAAGGCGAGCUGGAACUCAAAUGUCAGGAAUGACUUCAGGGGCAAAUUUACAGCCUUGAAUCCUCAGCAGCAGCAGCGGCAGCCACAGCCAGCUCAAGCGGGGCACUCUGAUGUCCGGCCAACUUUCUGGACUGCCUGCCCAUUUUGUUCGGUAAGGUACCAGUAUUACAGAGAAGUCGUCAAUAGAUCUCUUCGUUGUCACACUUGUAAUAAGCCCUUCAUUGCAUAUGAUGUGAAUGUGCAUGUUGCUUCGCCAACUAUCAACACAAGUCAUGGACCACCAACUACAAACAUGAGUCAGCCGGCAGUUGCACAGGAGAAAUAUGGUGCUUCCAAAGUGGAGGUGGGAUGCAAAGGAAAUCUUAGGACUCAAAAUUCUAAACCAGAACCUUUCCAGAAGAAAGGUCCUACUUCUAAGUCUGGCUCAGAAAAGGUGAGUGGUAAGAGAGGGAGGAAGCAGGUUGUGGAAUCCAGCGAGAGUUGUGACUCCGAUAGUAGUACUGACUCUGAAGAUAUGAAGGUUGGCAAUGAUGAUAAUCUUCAGAAUGUUUGCAAUGGAGACCAAAACCCCCGUAGAUCUACAAGGAGCAAGCAGCAGGUUACUUACCAGGAUAACUUGAGUGAUGAUGAUGCAAUUAUUGGCAGUCGGAAAAGAGCCAAGGGAAGUGAAUCAUCCCGUUCCCCUAAAGAGGAGAGUAGAGAUGCAUCUACAGAGGCAUUCAAAGUUAAUCCAUCUGAUUUAGCUGCUAAUGUAAAAGAAGAUCUGAAAGAGGUGAAACAGAAUGGGAGCGCUUGUUCUGAGGAGAGUUUGCCAAAUGGAAACAUGAAAACCAAGAAGGUGAGCAAGAAAGAAACUGCUGACAAUGGUGACCUUAAGAAGGUGAGCAAGAAAGAAACAUCCAAUUCAGGCUCCAAAUUGACACCAGAUCCUGAGUAUCAUCAAUAUCCUGAUCCAGAUUUCAAUGAUUUUGACAAUGAUAGGAAACAGGAAUGCUUUGCUGUAGGGCAGAUCUGGGCUGUUUAUGAUAACUUGGAUGGAAUGCCUAGAUUCUAUGCACGGAUCAGGAAAGUCCUCUCUCCUGAGUUUAAGCUGAGGAUAACCUGGCUAGAGCCAGACCCAGAUGACGAGAAUGAAAUUGAAUGGGUCAAUGAGGACUUGCCUACUUCUUGUGGUAAGUUCAGAAAUGGUAACUCAGAAGACACUAAAGACCAUCUUAUGUUCUCUCACUUGAUUUCUUGGGCGAAGGGCAGCCGGAGAGAUACAUACAGAAUUUUGCCAAGGGAGGGAGAAACUUGGGCCCUCUUCAAGAACUGGGAUAUCAAAUGGUACUCUGAACCUGAUCAACACAGUAAGUAUGAAUACGAAUUUGUUGAAAUCUUGUCAGACUAUGAAGAGGGUGUGGGUAUAUCUGUUGCAUACUUGGUUAAGGUGAAAGGUUUUGCAAGUCUGUUUUGUCGAAUGGUUAAGGAAGAAGCAAGUGCAUUUCAAGUUCCACCGACAGAACUGUUUAGGUUUGCCCACCGGAUUCCAUCUUAUAAAAUGACUGGUGCAGAAGGACGAGGUGUUCCGGCAGGAUCUUUUGAACUUGAUCCUGCAUCUUUACCCCUUAAUGUUGAAGAGAUUGCUAUGCCGAAAGAUCUGGAAGUGGCUGCUGGAAAUAUGCAUCGCAAAGGUCCAUGUUUGAGGCCUUCAGAGGAAAUGAGACCCGUGGUGAAGUCUGAUGGAAAUGCAUCCAUGUGCCAGGCAGAUGUCAAGGGGCCUGGGAACAGCAGUUUUGGUAAUGUUGUAGAUGAUCAUAGCAGUUCUCCUGCUUCCGCCCCAGAAGCUAUUGAAAUUCCAGAACCUGAAUUCUACAAUUUCGAUGCUCAGAAAUCCGAGGGAAAGUUUCAGAUUGGUCAGAUUUGGGCUCUAUACAGUGAUGAGGAUGGCUUGCCAAAGUACUAUGGUCAUAUUAGGAAAAUUGAUUCUUCGCGGUCUUUCAAAUUGCAUCUUACAUGGCUGGCCUCCUACUCGUUGCCAAAUGACACUAUCCAAUGGCAUGACAAAGACAUGCCCAUUUGUUGCGGCCACUUCAAUAUUAGAAAGGGUGAAACACAGGCCUAUACUUCCACUGAUUCCUUUUCACAUCUGAUGAGAGCUGAUCCUGUUGGUAGGAGGAAUGAAUAUGCCAUCUUUCCCAGGAAAGGUGAGGUUUGGGCAUUAUAUAGGAACUGGACUGCUGAAAUAAAAUGUUCUGACUUGGAGAAUUGUGAAUAUGACAUGGUAGAAGUCAUUGAGGAAGAUGAUUUGCAGAUACGAGUGUUGAUUUUGGAGCGUGUAGAUGGUUUCAACUCAGUUUUCAAGGCUCGUAUAAAAGAGGGGUCAGAGUUAACUAUUGGGAUUCCUCGUGUUGAGCUUCUCCGGUUCUCCCAUCAAAUACCUGCUUUCAAGCUGACACAAGAGAGAGAUGGCAGCCUCAGAGGCUUCUGGGAACUCGAUCCUGCAGCAUUGCCAGUUAAGUACUUUUCUUUAAAUUAGAGUGGCAGGAUCACAAACCUUUCAUGAUCUUAAUCCAUGCAAGCACUGCCUCUCAAGCCAGAGUCUUAUUCACUGAAUACUGGUGUGGUAAAUAGAAUGAUUGAUAUGGGAGAAGAUGCUCGACUAUUCCAGAACAAUUGGAUGCAGAGUCUAUUAAGUUUUGAGUUAAUCCGUCAGUUUUGUUUUUAUCGUUACUCUGCAUUGGUGCUGCAAUCAAGUGCAUAUGAUGCAAGUCUUUGGCAUGCAAUGAUUUUUUUGUCUCAGUCCCGCUGCAUUGGAGAGAGAUAAAGGUUGUCAUGUUGGUUCCGUGCAUUCAUUCUUUCAGUUUAGUCAUCUGAAUGAUGCGACGUAACUUGGCUAAUUACGCAUAAAUUUCAAAUCGGGCUGGAAUGUGUGCCAAACUUGAAAAUUGUGAAAUUAUUCACAGCAAAGUGACUAUGGUUUUGUCUGGAUUUUCCUGUGACACCUUGUCAUAGAUACAGUGAAUCCACUCGGCUUGCUUUGUGCUUUUUACAUCAAGUAGGUAUAGUGAAUCGGACGUUGUUAGACUUGUUCAAUUUGGGAUGGCAUCCAAAAUGGGGUCCUUUGUUCUCUCU